GCCGAGCAGAGGAGGAGAAGAACAACACCGGUGAUGGUGGUUUGGAGGGAGGAGAUGUCGGGGCAGACUCUGAGGACGAAGGAGGGAGACAAGUGGGGAGGGGUGGACGGCCGGGUCCACAAUCUUGCAGUGGGGUGGAGGCUGCUGGGGGGAGGGUUGUCGAUGUGUGAGGUGCAUGUGGGGGGGAAGCAGGCUGUUCUCGUGCUAAUGCACCGCAAGCAAACGCGGGCAGGUGAAGCAGACUUCCAUCGUGAGGAUGUGGGCGACAAGCCGUGGGCUAAGGAUGUCAUCAAGAAGGCAAAUAUGGUCGCUAAUUUAUUCAGGAACCACAGGUGGCCACGAUGGGCAUUGAGGACGGAGCUGAUGGCACAAAAGGGUGUCAAGGUCAGAGUUCUUCUUCGUCCUGCCCUUACGAGGUUUGGGACCCACUUCGUCAUGUUGGAUCUGCUGUUGACAUGCAAGAGAGCCCUUCGUUGCUUGGUGUUGGCACUGUUGGGGGAAUCGUGGACGAACAUAGAUUGGCAACCGUAUAUCAGGAUGAACACUUACCAGGUGGAGUCCCUUAUCAGUGACAGGGCAUUCUGGGCAGAUUUGAAGAAGCUGCAUCAUGAUCGAGUGAUGAAAGAGCACUACAAUGUGUUGAGGAUGGUCGACAAGGACAUCCACUGCUUGUCCAGGGUGUACGACGCUGCCGUGGACGUGAAGAGUUGUGUUCUUCAUGCACCACUCACAGACGAUGAGCGGGACAACAUCUUGCGUGAUGUGGGAAAGAGGACGGACAUGCUUCUCAGCCCUGUUCAUGCUGUGGCCCGACUGUUGGACCCUCGAUUGCGGGACAUCAUCAUCUUCAACAAUUUGGACUUAAUGUCGCAAUUCGAUAGCGUGGUGGACCGUCUCGUUGCAAAGAAUGAGAGUCAGAAGUUCAAGAACUGCAAAGACCAGUUAUGACUUCCAAUUCAGCAAAGGGAUUUGUGGUGAUGCAGCAGCAUUG